GCUUGUAAAACUCCAGAACCAGGUCACUGUGGAACUGGACAAGUUUAUGUCCGUCAUCCGUGCCUCGUUACGUCAGUUCCGCCAACACCUGGACGAGACGCUGCAGAUGCUUCGAGAAUCCAACGCCAGAUUCAUCAAGUCCUUCAAACUGUUCUCCGAGGGAGGCAACUUCUGCCCUGAAGAGAUCGAAGAGUACAGGAAGAAGCUCGAGAAGAUGUCGACCAUGAUUGACACGUCAGAGGGGUCCAUCAUGUCGGACCUGGAGGGGAUGGAGUCCAAGAGGCUGGACAAUGCCACCAA